UUGUUUUUUUUUUUCCGUCUAAGACAGUGGCUAUUUACGAUUUCAUUGACUUCUGAUCGAACUUAUGCUUUUCUUUAGAUACCUCUGAUUCCUUGUGGAAGCAAUUCUGAUUGAAAUCGUGGCGCACACUCGUAAAGACGAGAUUGGAAUUUAAUUCUAGCCGGCUGAAUUUAUCCAGGAGAAUAAAUAGACUUUAUACUACCUAGGCGGUAGUAAAUGAAGAGAAGUACCUCGAAACGAACACGUUUUGUUUGUUCAACGAGACAAGCACAGCAAAUGUAGCUGUUCGAAGCAACACCAACUUUACCCUGAUUAGUUGCGAGAUAAACUGCUCGUCCACGAGGCGCACAUUUUUAAUAAAUCUUUCAACCACUUUUUCGAUUUUUCACCACUUUAUCUCCGGAGAAUUUAUGUUCGCGAACGCCUACGAGUGGACGUGAAGAAGAGUAAUGUGUGUUCUGUGACAAAUUGCUUGAAUUUAAUUUAAUUUUAUUAAAUGAGAAGAGGGAAUUUGUUGUUUAUGUAAAUUUUCCUCUUGCUAUUUUACAAAAUUUACUUAAUUUUUUCUUUUUCUUUCAGUUACUCUGUUGUAAUCGAGUUCAACUUGUCACAUCCACAACGUUGAACGUGUUAAAGGGUGUUCUGACAAAAUACAGCUAAUUCAAACGUGAGAAACAUUGGAAGGAGGAACCUGGUCGAAGCAUCGGAGUGUACCAGUGCACCUACGCGCUCGUUAAAUCGACGUACAUACCUCAGUUUCGCAGAGUCCGUCGUCGCGUACACAUCCCUGUCCCGAAUCGGAACCCCCGGUUGCCCGUCGUCGCGACGCGCACCAUCGAAACUCCUCCUCGACCGUCCUCCACCACUGCACGCGUUUUCCCGCGAAACAGUGCUUGAUCUGACGCUUUCACGGCCUGGUGUUACGUGUUCGUGGUUCCAAUUCUUCUUUCUCUUCUUUGUGUCUACUGUACCACUUACAGUAUAAAACAGUUCGUAGCCCUAUCAACAAUUAUUUUAAUUUUUCAUAGCAUAUUAUUAUUCAUAGCAUUAAUAUUUAAAAUUAAAUUUAUGGUGCCAAUUACUAGUCGCCCAUAGGAUAAUCAACUUAUUAAAGAAAUGUAAAAUAAUUCAAUGUUACAUUAGGUACUAAUGUUUAAAAAUUGAAGAUAUAUUUGCGAUGAAAUUAGGAAACUUUCUCUUAAAAUUGCGUUGGUAGACCCUCUCGGAAACGAAGCGUCAGAAAAAAAGUUUACGAAGGGAGGCGGGUUAAAGUUUCCCUAGGCGCAGAUUGAAUUUAUCGUUCCUCCGACAGUUACCGCGGCAUUUGACGUGAAAUCGACAGUUUUACAAUAUUUCUGCAUAAAAGUAUCGUAGCAGGGAAUCGAAACGUCAUAAAAUACCGUAUUCGAUGCCGUGUCGGAGAUAUCGCGGAUAUCUAUCACUUGCCGGUAAAUCCAGAGAUUCUUCAAACUUUUGCUCUGAAUUUUUCUAUCUUUUAAAAUAAGCUUUAUUGUUUGUUCUAUACAACUAUAAAAUCCUUCUCGUUCUUAUAUCGUUAGGUGAUCGACACCAUGGAUUUUAUUUAAAAAAUAAUUAAAAAUUCCGCUUAUCAAGUUUUACAAAACCAAUAGAACUUCGCGAAGUGUCUUUUUGAGUUUUUCCAAUGUAAAAUUUACAUCAUCGCGUCAGACUUAUCGUUAAAAAAAAGACGAUAAAAACGUCCGGUAAACAAAUUAAUAAAAUGAUGGUAUUUAAGUGCAUAGCACUUCUUAUGCAGUGUGCGACUAGUUGACAUUAGUAUUCACAGGUCGUUUCAUGGAUGAUGACUAUAGACAUUAGUAGCAAAAGAGUUCAUACAUCCUACUAAAGUGUGCUGUUCCAUAUAUGUCGGUUUCUACGGUAGCAAUCAACGUGUUAACUAUUAAACGAUCGAUACUAUUAGCUUGUUGCAUAUCGAAUGAAGAAUUCCAAAACGUACAAAGUCUAGCAUGAUUUCAUAACAUAAAAUUAUUACAAAAUAACAUUUACCGAAGAUUGGCAAAUGUUCAGUAUCGUUCUAUAUUUACCAGAAGAGUUAAAAACAACAAGGAUAGCGCGAAAUCCUGAGAGGUGCAAUGAAAAAACGGGAGGAAAUGGAUGUGACGUUUUUUUCUGAUUAAUUGCCACAAGAAUUGUCACCGACAGAAAGUCGGAAUCGCAGUAGAAAAACGCGGAAGAUUAAUAGCAUAAUCGAGGCAUUUUCAUUAAAACAUUGUUCGCCCCCGGGGAGAAGAAGAGAAAGUGAGAUCAAGGAAUUUUCUGUUGCUCUGAUAAAAAAAACAACGCGAACAUGUUUUUCAUGGAAACGUUUAUCUACCAGGCACAUUUAUUAACUUUAGCUAUUUUUUCUAAUGAAACGACGAUACGAUCAAUUAAUAGACGCCGUGCAAUCACAUUACGACUUUACGCUAUAAACUCGACCGUCGCUUGGUAACGGUAGAGUAACUUUUCACCAAGUACAAUUAAAAUUUCAAUUAAAUUAUGAAAUCCCGAGCGAUGCUCUAUUAAGCUAAACUUCGUUGUUCACUUUUCUCACUGCCUGACCACGAUACGGAACAUUCUUUUCAUCAUCUUCCGCGUUAACACGAUACAACAUGGUAGAAUAUUGCAAUAAUCGAAGAAGAAUUUUACAGUGAUAUUUUAUUUAUCAGUAAGCUGAAAAUGUAACGUUCACAAGGAGGUCUUUUUAGGUCACGUCUUUUGAUCUUAUUGACAGCUUGCAGUUUACGAUAUUAAACUCAUUAAGCUAAAUUUUUAAAGCGCUUUUUACCGUGUAACGAAGUUUUAAUUUUAAUUAAGCAAAUACUCCUAAACAUAUGUUUUAAUUCCUCUGUUAAAAAGUUUUUAAUUUAUAUUAAAAAGCUUGGCUCAUAUUAAGAGCUAUUUAAUUUAAGUAAUUAAAAGGAAUUUAUCGUUUUUCGUUUCCUUCUGUGUUUUACCCCCUUAAAAGAUUCUUCAGUAAAAUUGGUCGAUAAGAGAAAAAGUUUGCGGUUUCGCGUCCGAGUAUGCGAUAAAUACCGAAACGUCCUAGCAAUUGGUCGUAACUGGUCGGUUAUAGAGUUCGAAAAUAAACGAGGCCGAUUGCUAGUCGGUUCCUCGUAUUAACUUUCCCGAUAAAAUUCAUUUUCUCGGUUUCUGACGAUUUCAUCGAUUCUCCAAAUGAAAUUUUCUUCCGAACUUCUCUGCCUCUGAUUCGAGCCAAGGUCAGAAGUGAAAUCGUACGGGGAGAAAAACCGGAAAAAGGGGACAAAUCUUUGGUCCAAAACGAGAUAAAACCUAUCCGGAGGAGAAUUACUCUAAGCUUUUUCUUCCUCCCUUGAAGACAAAGGAAAGAAAAACAAAAAGGUCUAUUGAUUCGACGGAAUUAAAUUGUCUACCCGCAAGCCAAACGAUAGAGAUCAUAAAAAAUGUGACAUUUAUCGCAAGACAUUCAUUAGCCUUUCUGACACUUGGGAAAUCAGAACAUCGCAUCGCCUCGAAAGCUUUCCCUAAAACUUUUCUUCCCUCCGCUUGACAAACUGUUCACCGAGUGACGAAAACGGGGAAGGAAAAAAAAUUCUUCUGAAACAAGACUGGGAUCGAUCGUUUCCAGAUGCUAAACAAAUAAAAUACGAUCAUCGUGACCGAUGAUCUCUGGACGCCUGUCGCGUUAUCAAAUCGCGUGGACGGCCAAGGGGAUGGGAAAGGAAAAUGGGGAGAAUCAACUUUAAUGUCAUGGAAAUUGGUGCAGGUUCGACCUGGAUGUUCCAACUUUCUCACUGAACAUUUUCUCCGUUUUUCUUCGAAAAGUCUGGGAAAAAAAGAACGUUCAAGAUGGGACAAAGUUGUAGAAAAGUCCGUGGAAAACAGGGGAAGAUCCAGAGAGGAUGCAGGGGAUGAUGAAAAGCUAGAAGAGGGUGGAAAAACAUUCCUCCUCGAGCAAGGUUUCUGGAUCCGCCCCUAAUGGAUGAGAAAUUGAUUAGUGAACUUUCUACGAGGACAGAGAAGUUUUGUGAAUAUCAAUUAUCGUGCAAGACUAUCCGUGAUACCUAAAGCAAGAAGAAUGUAUUCCAUCGAGAGAAUGUUAAUCGUGUGGUCCAUCAUGGUGACCAUACUGGUCGAUGCUACAGACUACUUGGACGACUACACCUCCGUUGAAUACACCGACGAAUCUGAUAUGGAUUUUAACGCCACUAAUUGUAGUAACAUUUACUGCAUCUCGAAUGACGAAUACGUGGAUCGUAUGAUGAACUACAUAUUCCCGAAAUUGUGGGACUGGGUUCUGAUCGCUUCUCACGGUAUCAUCUUCCUUGUCGGAUUAAUUGGAAACGUGCUAGUCUGCACAGCAGUGUACAGAAAUCACACGAUGAGAACUGUAACGAAUUAUUUUAUCGUCAAUCUAGCCGUCGCUGAUUUUCUAGUACUGUUGCUCUGUCUUCCUUUCACGGUGCUCUGGGACAUCACCGAGACGUGGUUCUUGGGUCUGACUUUAUGCAAAGCUGUGCCGUACCUUCAGACAGUAUCGGUGACCGUGAGCAUAAUGACUUUAACAUUCAUAUCGAUAGACCGAUGGUACGCGAUAUGUUUCCCUUUGAGGUUCAAGUCUACAACGGGACGAGCAAAAACAGCGAUUAUUGUAAUCUGGGCGAUGGCGCUUCUCUUUGAUCUUCCAGACCUGCUGGUAUUGCACACCGUUCCACCGACCCAUAUCCGAGUGAAAACCAUUCUUUUUACACAAUGCGAUAUGUCCUGGAGUCAAAAGAGCCAAGUCACCUUCACUAUUGUGAAGCUAAUCUUUCUGUACACCGGACCGUUAAUCUUCAUGAGCGUGGCGUAUUGGCAGAUCGUCAGAGUCCUCUGGAGAAGCGAUAUUCCAGGACACAACUUACUGUCACGGGCAUCCCAGAUGAGCCAGACACCUUCUUCCGGCGGCGGUAAUCCUGAGAUACAGCUAAGAUCUCGACGAAAGGCGGCGAAAAUGUUAGUCACGGUGGUCAUCACUUUUGCCAUUUGCUAUUUCCCCGUGCACUUACUCUCUGUCUUAAGGUAUACCAUUACGCUGCCAUCAAACAAGUGGAUAAACGCCAUCAGUUUGAUUGCACACGGUCUCUGUUACUUCAAUAGCGCGGUUAAUCCUCUGAUCUACAACUUCAUGAGCGGGAAAUUUCGAAAGGAGUUUAGACGUACUUUCCGUUGUGCUCAAGAUAGUUCACGUAUUCAACGUGGAUACCUAGCAAGUACAUCUAAUCUGGCCAGAAUUAAAUCUCGAACCACGACGACGAUACGAACAACAACGUUUAAAAAUAAUAAUAACAUUCAACGAACUACCGAAAUUAUACCUCUCAGUGGUGUAACAAGCGUCCAACAAAACGAGAAACACGACUGAUCGUAAGUAUACGCAAGUAUUAUGGUGAUUACCAUCAGAGAAUCAGUAAACUUCAAAAGUAAUUUAUUGAAAUAUAAUUUCAACCUUAAUAGCAGAUACAUGCAAAGAAAAAUUUGUGUUUCACUUGUUAAAGUUUAAGUAACAGAAAGAUAUAUAAAGAAACUACCAUAUUUUAGUUCCUACUGGUACUGGUAGACAUGUUAAAUUUGUUUAGAAAAUAACAUUAGGUAUUUGAUGUAACGAAACACUGAAUUAUUUUAAAUGUAUUUAUACUAAACUCGAUGUUUGUUCUCAGAGAACAGAAACAUAGGCACACGCGAAUUUGCGAAUCAUUCUUCAUAACUGAAUGAUCGCAACCCUAUGAUUGUAAUUUAUAUUUAUAAUAUUCAAAUGGUACGACGGACAUACCGACAAAAUCGUAUGUAAAAAAUUUCAUAACUUUUAUCCUAGUACUAUGUUAUAAAUAUAAUGUGGUGUGAAUCUUGUAUUCUGUACACUAUUUCUAGUACAUUAUGUAAUUUUAAUGAAACGUACGUUUACUUCGCUAAAAUUACAAUUUAAUUAUCGGAUUAAUCAAUUCCAUAUUUAUGCGAUCUCAUAACAACACAUUUUAUACGAGUUUAAUCUCAAUCGGUAAGUCUGUAUGCUUGAACGCUUUUGCAAAACAUAACAAAUUCGAAUAUAGGAAAAUAAAUUUAAUCGCAUAUGAAAA